AUGAGUGCUAGUAGCAGUCGUGCCCUCCAUCCUGAGGAGCUCUUCCUCAACAACGGCCCUGGUAGGGAGUCGCCCGUCAUCGGCCCUUUGCGCAUCAGCAAACGGGACUCGUCAUCUCCAGCGUCGGCCACAGGCUCCAGUCCCCCACCAAACGCCCCGCUGCCAUACCCCGAUGAUCGCCAACGGCUCCAAAUGCGCCCCUCGAGUUCAAACGAGCGAUAUCACGACAACAUCAGAUAUGGGUCUCCGCCAGCUGGUCCUGGGUCCGGGUCCGUGAGCCCUAACGAAUACCCUUCGGCGCUGCGGCCGCGGGACGGUCGUGAGCCUCGAGUCGCAACAUUGGCCGAGCGGAGAGGCGCCGCUCCCAAACCGCUUCCUGAAUCCCCUAGCCAUGAUGCGCCCGAUCGCGAAGCCUUGGCUGCGAGACCCUACCCUCGUCCCCCCACUGCAGCAAUACUACCCCCGCCUCAACGCCAAAGUUCAAUGUCUGCGGCCCGUCCCCCGUCCAGUCUACAGGCCCCACAGGGCCCGCUCAACCGCAUCAGCUCGACUUCGACGACUCGCGCUCAGCGCGGGUCGCCCCCGCCACCGGAAACACCUAUUGUUGGACCUGGCCAGCAGCCCGGUUCGGAUAUCGAGGCCCGGUAUGCGGCGGCUGGUAUUGCCGGGACGGGAACCCUUCAGGGUAUUCAGUCGCAUAAUGUUGCGGCGCAGAGACGCGCGGAGCAGUACUCCGGACAGCAGCCGACUUUCCAGCAACCGGUGUCGCAGCAGCGCCCAUGGACUCCGACUGAGCAGCCUGGUUCUCAGCCUCAUGGUCCUCCCACGGUUUACCAGGGAGGUGAGGUUGUUGCAUCGGAUAAUCAGCCCCCUGUGCAUCCUGGUCAGUACGGCAGCCCGCCGCCUCAGAUGCCAGGUCAAUAUAGCAGUCCCCCGCCCCAGGUUCAUCCCGGGCAGUACAGCAGCCCACCACCCCAGACUCAUCCUGGCCAAUACAGCAGCCCACCACCCCAGACUCACCCUGGCCAAUACAGCAGUCCGCCACCCCAGGUCCAUCCCGGGCAGUACAGCAGCCCACCACCCCAGACUCAUCCUGGCCAAUACAGCAGUCCGCCACCCCAGGUCCAUCCCGGGCAGUACAGCAGCCCACCACCCCAGACUCACCCUGGCCAAUAUAGCAGUCCUGCACCUCAAGGCCAUCCAAGCCAAUAUAAUGUAUCGCCUUCUCAGUCACACCCUGCAUCUCAGCUACCUCAGCAGCAAGAACAACCGGGAAGAGUUGCCCCUAAUUCACUGGAACAAGACAUGGACCGGAUGCGUCUCAGCUCUUCUCCCCCUCCUGCCUACUCAAGUGUGUCUGGUCCAUCUGCUUCAAACGGAUAUCCCAAUGAAAAGCAUACUGCCGCUGCCGCUGUUGCUACCGCUGCUGCUGCUGCUGCGGCCACAGCAGGAGCUGCAGUGCAUCCAGCCCUAGUAAAUCAGCCCCAUCCUGCUGCAACUGCGCCUUCCCCUGCACCAACACCCUCAGUACAGGAUCACCCCGCCUUUGCGAACGAUUCGAGACAGCAACAGCAAACGGGACAAUCCCCGCAGGCUUCUGUUGCUAAUGAUUUGUCUGGCUUCCACCAGCAAAGCGUCCAGGUGACUUCUCCCGGACCUUCCAGUGCAACUCCAGCAUCUCCUCCGCCUCUUCCAGAAGGAUGGAUUGCCCAUAUGGACCCGAGCUCAGGCCAAUACUAUUAUAUCCAUCUUCCUACGCAGUCAACUCAGUGGGAGUUCCCGAAAGGACCUACACCGCUGAACCUCAACGAGACACCCUUGUCUCCCGUAGGAAGUGUGUAUAGCGCUCAUCCAUUAGUCUCUCCAGGUCUGUCGGCAUUUGGAAAGCCUCUUGCAUCCCCGGGUGUGCCUUUGACUCCUGGCUUCGAGAGCCUGCAGUCUCCUGUAGUGACUGGGUUCUCUGGGCCUCCUCCAAGUAGCGGCAUGGAUCUUUACAAGACCACUCCAACCAAUGGCGUUUACUUUGGGCCUUAUCUGCGUUACACCAACAUGGAUCUCGAACGUGGAAUCUGGAUGGGAUCUAUUUUGCUCGUGACAGAUGCCGCACAGCCACCCACGAUUCAUAUGCACCAGAGUGUAGAUUUGUCUCCGAACCCGAGACAGUUGAAAGCAGUCAAUAUUGCCGCUCAUCAACGCUGGACGUUCUACAAGUAUGAGAUUGACCUGCAGAUGGACGACGCGGGCCCUGCAAAGUGGACUUACGCUAUUACUUCACACCUUGGCUGCACUCGGUAUGAGUUCCUCGUCGCUGGUCGACAUGAGACCAACUGGCGAUUCAUUGCUACCUCUGGAAAUGACUUCUCGCUCAACGUCAAUGCUAAUGACCGGGCUCGUCUGGGUGGCGUCGGUUAUCUGUGGAAAGAUAUCAUGCAGAAGCAUAAUGAAAUCGGAGGCUUCCAUGCCCAAUUAUGUCUAGGUGGUCAGAUCUAUGCGGACCGCAUGUGGAAGGAGAUUCCCUCUCUCAAGCAGUGGUUGACUAUCAGUGGAAAGGAGGCUAGAAAGAAUGCUCCUUGGACAGCGGCUAACCAGCAGGAUGUUUCUUACGCAUACUUCCAUUACUAUACCAGCCACUUUGAUCAACCUCAUAUAAGAGAAUCGUUUGCGCAGAUCCCUUACGUCUGCCAAAUUGAUGACCAUGACAUCUUCGAUGGAUUCGGCUCUUAUCCUGAGCACAUGCAGUUCUCAAACAUGUUCAAAAACAUCGGCCGCAUCGGCAUCGAGAUGUAUCUCCUCUUCCAGCAUCACACAACUCUCGAUAUCCUCCGCAACGUCAACAAUGACAAGGAUCUCUUCACUAUCACCGGCACAGGCUGGCACUUUGUCAAAUAUCUGGGCCCAGGCGUGGUCGUCGUCGGGCCCGAUUGCCGCUCAGAACGAAACCCUCACCAGGUCAUGGCCGGUCCCACGUACCAAGGUCUCUUCCCGAAGAUCGCAAUGCUACCACCCAGUGUCCAACACUGUGUCUGGAUGGUCGCCGUGCCACUCAUCUACCCCCGACUGGAAACAGCAGAACACAUCGUCCAAACCGUCGCGACCGGAAAACGCGCCGUGACCGGUGCAUACAACGUACUAGGCAAGGUAACCAGCUCCGUAGCGGGGGUAGUAGGCGCCAAAGAAUUCGUAGGCUCCGGCUUCGAUUCCGUAAAGCGAGCCGUAGGCAAAUCCGGCCUCAUGGGCGGUAUCCUAAGUCCAUUUGGAGAGUUCAACUCCAUGGACGAGCUACGCGACCAAUGGACGCACGAAUCAAAGGAUCUCGAACGCACAUAUCUCAUCCGCACCCUCCAAGGCAUCGCCCACCAAAAAUCCAUCCGCAUGACCUUCCUCUCCGGGGCAGUCAACGUCUGCGGCGCCGGUCUCGUCCACGACCCUUCAAACCCCUCAGACCACAAGACAAUGUACCAACUCAUCUCCUCCUCCGUCGUCAACACCCCGCCGCCAUCAUACAUCAUCAAGCUCCUGCACAGCCACAGCAAACCCCUCUACGUCCCUGCCAACGGCCACAGAUCCUCGGCCCAGCCCAGCGAUACCAAGGAAGAUAUGAUGGAGAUCUUCCAGACGGAUGUGAACGGCCAGGCGCGUGAGCAUCGCAAGCUCAUGGCUCGUCGGAACUACGUCGCUAUUGUGGCUUAUGACCCCGAGGCUAUCAAUCCGUCGUUUGGCCAGACCCCCGGUGGGAAUAGUAAGUUGAGUCUGGCGGCGGACUUUAUGGUUCAAGGGGAAAGUGCGCAUGGGAGCGUAGUGAAGUUUGGACCGGUGAUUGUGCCGAGUUUGGAACAUGGUCGCUGA